AUGGUGACUCUUAGCAGUGCCGAUGUUGAGAAGUUGUUCUCCGGGGCGCCGCAGUAUUUCGCUAGGUCUCAAGGAUAUGGUACCGGUGCCCCGCACCCCUCUGUCGCUUUCCCGUGGGAUGAGGACCUCCGCAUCCGCGAUCUGACAGACCACACUCAGAUUGAAGAUGAGGCAUGGGGCUGCGUUACGGCUGUCCCGCGGCUCAUCCAGCGGGACCCCUUGUCAGCCACUACUCCUUCGGGCAAGAGAAGACCUCACUUCAAGGUCAAGACCCAGGAGAGACCAAACAUGCUAAGCAUGCAAGGGUUGGAGAAAGGCACCAUGGGUUAUCAGGCUGCUUUGGAAUUAUCCGUUGCAGAUGCUCUUCAAGAGGAGCAGUACGGUUUCGAUAGCCUGGGCUCUAAGUCGACUGUGGUUGUGGAGCAACGGCAGAGGCUGGUCACAUCAAAGGACGGUCUACGGCACAUGGACGAUGCCACUGUCAUGGAACAACUACUACGGUGCGAGGAAAGAUACCAAGGCACAGAUUCCGAGAAACAGCUGAAUGCUCACGACCUCUACAAUGACUUAUUCACCAAAGUCUUGUACACACCCACCAAAGUGAUCGACUACAACGAUCCCCGUAGCCUGUCAGUACAGAUUCAUGCAUUGGUCAAAGUUCUUGCAACAUCGAAUGCCUGGAUCGAUUUCUCGCGCGUGGAAUGGAGGAUUCGGCUAGGUCAGGUUCUAUGGGGCUUUCCGCUGGAUGACGAGCUUGACGAUGGCUCUUCCAUCAAUGAGGGCCUUGACGAUCAGGACAGAAGCGAAGAGCGAUACUGGUUGCUCUUGCAAAUUCUACUUGCAUGCGAACUAUUAUUGCGGCUUGAUGCAAUAACUGAAGGAGAUGAGUUUGGGGGUGCGAACCUGAAAGCAUCGGAAGUGCACAGGUUCGAAAAGGAAGCAAGCCUGUCCGUCAAAUGGUCAUUACUUCUGGCUCGGACGUGGUUAGACAAUAUCACUGUCAGUAAGACGGAAGCUCCGUCAUCGGGGAUGUCUACUCCGAAAGGAUGGCUCACCUCGCUCACAAGUAGAAUGUCUCUGAAACACGAGCAUAUGCACGGAUCACAUCACAUUGACCACACACAGCACCUGCAUCAUGGCCAUACAGAGUAUCAAUAUGCGAUCCAAGGUCGUUUCGUUGAGAGACAGAUAUUUGGGUUGACGCAAUUCGCACGAAAGUUACGAUGGCCGGAAGUUGAGGAGUACAUAACGCGCGUCUCAAUGAAUGCCCCAAUCAUCGCACAAGCCACCCCUAUUAGCUCACCUCUGCCCACGAGCGACACAGCGCGCUCAUCUUAUUUUGGAGGCGAUAAGAAACCUGCCGGACUGCAGAGGAAUCCAUCAAGGAGGCCCAGGAUUGGCGCAGCAUUACACUUUUCAGGUUGGCUUUCGAAAUCAUUUGUCUCCGGGUUGGUACUGCCAGGAGAAGCACUGUCCCAUUUUCUAAUGUCAACAUUACUGGAGAAUGAUCAGGAAGCAAUGGAAAGAUUGGGGCCCAUGGCAAACCUGUGUGGCGGCUUCGUUUAUAACGGGAAAAGUUUCUGGAGUACGGCAUGCGUGGUAGGACGCGUUCUGGCUGCAGGCCGAGGCUCCGCUGAAUGUAUGGGUUGGAUCUCCACAGAUGUCUCCCCGGAAGGGUUUGGAGACGGGUGGCUAAACGUCGACGUUAAAGACAUCGCUGAUGACAUUGCCAAGAUUGGAAAGAAGGCCCGGCUAUGGGGGAAACUUGCCAUCGAACGCGAGUCAGACGUUUUGGGCGACGCCGACUCUUCCAACAUCCUUCCUGCUGAUUUUAUCAUCCCUCAUGAAAACAACCAUCCUGAGCCGCCGCCUUCAAAUAUCAGGAUUGAUCUAAAAUCUUUAGACCUAUACUCGGCCGUUGAUAGUCUUCAGUCGACCCCUGUUUUUGAGGAACCCGAAACACCGUUCUCAGACUUCACCCAGGCGUCCAAUCUUCAAACCCAUCAAGCAUCCAUAGCCUUUACAAUGACGUAUGAUGGAGUACAAGGGGAACAGACUUUGAAUCUGUCACUGGCCAGGGAUGUGUACUUUGUUACAGCCCAUCCGUGCGCUGCUUCAAGUUAUGUCAAGUAUUUCAAGUCACCUACCAGUCCCACAAUACAGCACAUCGAUCUUGGAAGCCAGGACUGGAAUGCGAAGGCUACUGCGCCAGCUCACAUUACAGGACAUCCAUUACAUAAAUACUAUACUUACAAGCCUGUCCAUUUGCUCGACUUACUCAAGAGACCUGAGAUUACCCUCGAGGAGCUUCUCAAUAUCGACCAACCCAUAGCUACGACUAACUCAACCUCUUUCACCUCGAAAGGACCCCGUAUCCUUGUCAUCGAUUGCAUUACAGGUUUUGCACCACCGAGCUCUCCAGAAAUGGCUAUGCUAUCACGUAUGAGUUCUAUUUCGUCAUCGUUUGGACUAUCGCCCACUGCUACGCAACUACAACUGCCCAUGCCGCCAAGAGAUGUGGUGGAUCGGCCGGCUACUGCAGCUUCAGCAGGCAGCAAGAUUUCUAGGAUUGACCCUCCCAGUCCUGACUCGAAAAUGAAGUUACCUACUCGCAGGAGACAGUUCGGCUCAGAUUUGGAGAUCCUUGUGCGAGCUUUGUGCGCUGAGAGAGGCUGGAACGCGAUUAUUAGUCGUCGUAAAAGGGGUUGUCUGGCAUGCGCUAUUCGCGAAGCCGGCGCACUCGGAUGGAAAGUUGUCAUCCGUGUAGAAUAA